AUGGUCCACCAGUACUGGCUUACAGCGCUACCUAUCCUUGUGCUGGAUGCUGCACAAGGAGCUGUCGCUACUCCCGGGGGCCACGCAAGAAAAUCGAACCCAUCGCCUCCUGGACUGCAUAUCCUGCCUCUCAUUAAAGAUAAUUCAGAUGACUAUAAUUCAUAUCUUGCUGAACUGAAUCUGGACAUAGCCAAAUCGACAACUUGGUUUAUUUCCGACAAGACUUUCGUGGAAUGUGAUGGCUGCAAAGAUGGGUACUACCAGCUCAACAAAUCCAAGACCUCAUCCCCCGUUUUGGGCCAUACGGCAAUCUCUUAUGGCGAUCCAACAACAUAUCCGCCAAGUAACCUCACGUUUGAUCUAGAUUUUCAUAGGGACACGUUUAGAAUUGCCGGAGUUAGCAUCCCUAAACAAAUCUUUGGUCUUUUCAACCCCUCCAAGGAUGCAUUCUCUGGAAUCGGCGGACUUGGACUUGGCCCCAAUCUGGAACACGGAUAUAAGCCUGGAAAGAUCUACAGCUCUUUCUUGGACAACCUCGUUGCAAAAAGAGACAUUGCAAGCCGUACUUAUAGUGUUGACCUACACAACCACGGCUCUAAGCCAGGCAAGUCCUUCUGUCCAUCAGUUAUUCUUGGUGGCAUUGACACAGGUAAAUUCAAGGGCAAGCUUGUAAAAAGGCCGCUGGUAAAGGAUGAGCUUGGCACAUUUGGGCAAACUGUCCCCAAAGGGAAGAAUCACGCCAGCGAAGUGCACAGCUACCAAGUUCACAAGAACGACUCGGUCUUCCUCCUCGACAGCUCGAACCAGUACCUCCGAUUCCGCCAUUCCUUUGUCGAUCCUCUCUACAACACCCUCGGCGCGGUGAACGACGGAAAUGACGCCUAUUUCGUGCCUUGCGAGAAGCGUAACAUGCCUGGUAGUUGGGACUUCCAAUUCGGCGAUGUUACGAUCAAGAUCCCUUACAACAAGAUCAUCACCACACAGUCUGCUGAUAAGGGCAAGACUUGUUGGGUCGGUGUUUUGACCACCUGGAAAGGACAGCUAGUUCUGGGACAACCUUUCUUGGAAGCCGCCUAUCUUGCCUUCGACCUCGACAAUAAGCAGGUUGCGCUGGCUCCACCAGCGAACUGCGGUCAAAAACUAGUUGCAUUUGGUUCCGGACCUAACGCUAUUCCUGAGCUUAAAGGCUGUUAA